AUGAAGAGACAAAUGGGGCAGUAUUCGCAACUGACAACACAUGACAAAGAAGGGAAAAAGCUGCUCAAGGUUCAUCCUUGGGUACUUCUAUUCGGAUCAUGCGGUUUUGCCUUCCGGAAGGCAAAUCGUCUUCCCCAAAGCCAAGCUAUCACAAUCAAGUCUUUGGUUUGCGGUCAAAAGGUCGUCGACUUGAACGCCGAUCCUUUGCGAAAUCGCCCAGCACGUAUCGCCCCGUUGAAUCACGUAAGGGGUCGCUUUUUCGCCGCACACGACCUUCUGCAAAGCGCGAUCGUUACUCAGAAUCGAGUCGAAGCCGCCGAGGAGCCAAAAGACGCCGACGAGGAACAGACCUAUGAGCGUGAAGAAGUGCAGCAGCGGCAUCAGCUCGUGGCGCCACGACGGCCGCUGGGGCUCGAGGUAUUGCGUCGACGAGCGCUGCGGCGCCGCAGGCGGUUGCGCCUGUGCCAUGUCGGCGGCGUGCGCCCGGAGGAUGUCGGUAAACGAGGCGUUGUGGGCCUCGUCGCUGUAGGGUGGCGGCGGGGCCGGUAG